CGCCCGAGAUUCCCCGAGAUUUUGCGAGGAUUUAGACUUCCUACUACCAUUUCGUGUCUGAAGAACAUAAACAUUUCAGAAUGAAGUAGAUUAAGACUGUAUAAAACAAAAUGAAUGCAGAGAACCUAGAGCCUUCCACCAGCACGUCCAAUCGUGUGGCACGUGUGACAAUGAUGGAAGGUGUAGGCGCCAGGGUUGUAAGGGGUCCUGACUGGAAAUGGGGAAAGCAAGACGGAGGAGAAGGGCACGUCGGAACAGUUAGAAACUUUGAAUCACCCGAGGAAGUGGUAGUUGUGUGGGACAAUGGGACUGCAGCUAAUUAUAGAUGUGCAGGGGCAUAUGAUUUGCGAAUAUUAGACAGUGCACCAACUGGAAUGAAGCAUGAUGGAUCAAUGUGUGACUCCUGUAGACAACAACCAAUAUUUGGUAUCAGAUGGAAGUGUGCAGAAUGUCCAAACUUUGACCUUUGUUCAGUUUGUUACCAUGGAGACAAGCACAAUUUGAGGCACAGAUUUUAUAGAAUAACUACACCAGGGGGUGACAGAUGUGCUAUAGAACCCAGAAGAAAAAGUAAAAAGAUAACAGCUAGAGGUAUAUUUCCUGGAGCUCGUGUUGUGAGAGGAGUUGAUUGGCAGUGGGAGGAUCAAGAUGGGGGUAAUGGCAGAAGAGGAAAAGUUACAGAAAUACAGGAUUGGAGUGCUGCAAGUCCUAGAAGUGCUGCAUAUGUUUUAUGGGACAAUGCUGCAAAAAAUUUAUACAGAGGUGGUUUCGAGGGAAUGGCUGACUUAAAGGUUGUAAACGAUGCUAAAGGAGGUUCUUUCUACAGAGACCAUUUACCAUUGUUAGGAGAACAAGGUCCUGGGUCCAGAUCUGGUCCUGGUGGACUGGCCAUAGGUGAUCAAGUAAAUGUGGAUUUAGAAUUAGAAAUUGUACAGUCCUUACAGCAUGGACACGGAGGCUGGACUGAUGGAAUGUUUGAGUGUCUUGGUACAACAGGAACUGUUGUUGGUAUAGAUGAAGAUCAUGACAUUGUUGUGUCUUAUCCCAGUGGAAAUAGAUGGACAUUUAACCCUGCCGUGUUAACGAAAGUAAAUAGUCCAAGUACUGCUUCUUCUUCCAAUACAGAUAAUGCAAACAUCACUCCUCCACCUACGCCAUUCACAGUAGGAGAUCUAGUCCAGAUCUGUAGUGAUGCAGAGAAAAUCAAACUUUUACAGAGAGGCCAUGGUGAAUGGGCAGAGGCCAUGAUACCUACUUUGGGUAAGAUCGGACGUGUCCAGCAGAUUUAUCAUGAUAAUGAUUUAAAAGUAGAAGUUUGUGGAACAUCUUGGACCUACAAUCCCUCAGCUGUCACUAAAGUGGCCUCAUCUGAUGGAGCAGCAGUGGGCAACUCAUCUGGUGAACGUUUAAGUGCACUCUUGAAGAAACUGUUUGAAACACAUGUGACAGGUGACAUUAACGAGGAGUUGGUGAAGGCUGCUGCUAAUGGUGAUGCAUCAAAAGUGGAUGAGAUACUAUCUAGAUCUGAUGCUGAUGUGGGUAUCUCAAAUGCCAAUGGAAUGUUUGCUGGACAUACAGCUUUACAAGCGGCUUCACAGAAUGGUCAUUCAGAUGUAAUAAAAGUCUUAAUGAAGUAUGAAGUCAACUUUGAAAUUGAGGACAAAGAUGGUGACAGGGCGAUACAUCAUGCAGCUUUUGGUGAUGAACCCAGUGUUGUAGAACAGCUUCAACGUGGAGGUGCAGAUCUAAAUGCAAGAAAUAAACGUAGACAAACUCCAUUACAUAUAGGUGUGAACAAAGGCCAUAUUGGUGUAGUCAGAAUUCUCCUAGAACUAGAUUGUCAUCCUAGCUUACAGGACUCAGAAGGAGAUACACCACUACAUGAUGCUAUCAGUAAAAAGAGAGAUGACAUGAUCCAAUUGUUGUUAGAACAUCAUGCUGACCUUACUGUUACAAAUAACAAUGGUUUUAAUGCUCUACAUCAUGCUGCACUAAGGGGGAAUCCCAGUGCUAUGAGAAUACUCCUUACAAAGAUACCCAGACACUGGAUCGUUGAUGAAAAGAAGGACGAUGGAUACACAGCAUUACAUCUAGCAGCUCUAAACAACCAUGUUGAAGUCGCUGAACUUCUUGUUCAUCAGUCAAGGGGAAGCAACUCUAACAUACCUAAUGAAGAAAACAAGGGUAAAGCAAACAUGGAUAUACAGAAUGUUAAUCUACAAACAGCUUUACAUUUGGCUGUAGAAAGACAGCACACACAGAUUGUAAGGUUAUUGGUUAGAGAAUGUUGUAAUCUGAAUAUCCCUGAUAAGGAUGGGGACACGCCCCUUCAUGAAGCUCUAAGACACCACACCCUGUCACAACUACGGCAACUUCAAGAUAUGCAGGAUGUUGGCAAGUUAUUGAUGGGAUUAGGAACUCCAGGUGCUGACAAGAAAUCUAGUGCUUCUAUUGCCUGCUUCCUAGCUGCUAAUGGUGCUGAUUUAAAUAUAAAGAACAAAAAAGGUCAAACUCCUCUUGACCUUUGUCCUGACCCUAAUCUUUGUAAGGCAUUAGCCAAGUGUCACAAAGAGAGACAUAGUCCAACCAGUGGUCCACAGAAUACUGUGAUUAUACGUAAUGACCAAGAGUCAUUACAAGAAUGUAUGGUGUGUUCAGAUCUGAAGAGAGAUACAUUAUUCGGACCAUGUGGUCAUGUGGCUACUUGUUCCCUGUGUUCACCUAGAGUCAAGAAAUGUUUGAUGUGUAAGGAACCAGUACAGUCUAGACAUAAGAUAGAAGAAUGUGUAGUGUGCUCAGACAAGAAGGCAUCAGUAUUGUUCAUGCCGUGUGCACAUAUGUGUGCUUGUGACGGAUGUGCUGCAUUGAUGAAGAAAUGUGUGCAGUGCCGAUCUUCUAUAGAUAAACUUGUACCAUUUAUUGUAUGCUGUGGUGGAAAUCCACCUCCAGCCCCUCAGCCACCAGGUAUUAUGAACAAUGGUUCGAGAGAUACCACCAAAGAUGUACAGAAAUUACAACAGCAAUUACAAGAUAUCAAGGAUCAGACUAGUUGUCCUGUAUGUAUGGAUCGCUUGAAGAACAUGAUAUUUCUGUGUGGUCACGGUACUUGCCAGAUGUGUGGAGACAGAAUGACAGAGUGUCCAAUUUGUCGUAAAUCAGUUGAAAAAAGAAUUUUACUAUAUUAAAACCUUUGUUAUUUUUUUUUAUGUUAUAGUCUGGCUGUGAAGAUGAUUUAUUUUUAGAUAUUGUAUUUUGAAUUCUAUGUAUGUAUAUCCUACAUUUUCUUUUAUUGGUAUGUGAACAGUAUGAGGGCUUGAUUAUACUUCAGAAGCAAUGUCCCAUGAAUCAUUGUAAAAUAUACACUGAAAUGAAAUCUAUAGACAUAUUUGUAAUUGAAUCUUUGAAAAAGUCUUAUGUUAUAUGAAAAAAUAAAAAGUCACACAGGCAUCACAUGUCAAUCAUGUGACCAUUACUUUCAUGGUGUAAAUAAGAGGAGAUUAUCAUCUUUCUGGUAGUCUACAUUAAAACAAGCUGCAGCUAAAUCUUGUAGAAUUUUGAAGAGUUCUUUUUUCUUUAAUUAAUUUUCAUCUGUAACAAGCAGGAUUUUUAAGAAGAAAAAAAAAUUAUAUCAGAAUUCUUUUUUACAACACUUAGUUACAAUCGCUUAUUAUUUAAUAGCAAUAAAAAUGUGGUCCUUUGUUUUAAUAAGUGGGCAAUAAAGAGAGUAUGUUAUUUGAAAAUACAAUUUAGAAGUGAUCCUUUGUAAGAAUUUUUAUUGAGGAAAUAUUGGGGAGAUUAUCAGGCUGGAAUUUUCUUUUGUCAGUGUGAACUAUUAUCCAAACACCUCUUUCAAUUUUUCACUGUUUCUUUUGAAUAUAUGAAUAAACUACUAUAGGACUUCAAUUAUUUUAGAUUGAAUUACACUAGUUAUAGAAUUGAUAAGUUUUAUGCCCCAGCCUCCAAUUGAUUGAGGCAUUUAUUGUUACCUUCUGUACUUCUGAAAUCAAACAGUAGUCCAUAUACUUUUUUUGUCAUGAUUACAGAUAUUAACUUAAAUUUUGGAGAUGGUUCUCUGAAAAUUAACCUGCUCAUGUGGAGCAGGCUUAUAUACUUAAUGUUUCACCUAAAAUUGUAAAAGUAUGAAGAAAGUUACCAGAUGCAGAUGGCACUUUCUAUCAUAUACAGUUGAAACAUUGGAUCAAUAUAAUCAAAAUUUGGCUCAUGUGCAGUGCUUUAAAUGCUUUUUCCUAUCAACUUGGAAUUGUGAAGUUGGUUGAUCUUUUUUGUCAUCAUUAUUUCUGCAUUGUAUAGUUAAUUGACAUGUAUAUAAUAAAAACAGUUUUAUAGACUUCUUAGGGGUUUCUUUAGUUGUCUUAAUUACAGAUACAUGUAUAUAUGUAACUAAAUACAUCUGUAUAAAAGCCAAUGCAACCUUUUUUGUAUAUACUUUGUUACACCUAAGAUUAUUUUUCAUUAUUUUCAAAUAUUAUUUUCAUAGUUUUUUUAUGACAAGUUGAAAAAUAUAUGCUUUUUUAAUUUAUAAUCAGACCUUUUCUUAUUCUUUUUCAUUUUGUUUCAUAAAAUAUUUGACAUGUUUUACAGAACCUUAUUCAUAAGCCACAAGUCUUCUCAAACACAGUUUAUUUUCGAUUGUAAAUAGUUGUGCACAUAUUGUAUAUCUUAUUUAACUCAUUAGAACCUGUAUAUUUUGUAUCAUUUGUGUUUGUAUAUAUCUUAACAAAGAAAAUCAAAACAUACUUAGUACCAUUUCAGAAUUAAAUGUAUGUGGGGAUAGGAUUCAAUUUUUUUUUUAACUCAAGCCACCCAUGUUCUAAUUUUUUCAAAUUCUAAACAAUUUUUUUUUUUUCAGUAACUACAAAUGACCCCCAAAUUUCGAUAAAUGUGCUUAUAUCUGUAUCAAUAAAAUGUCAACAUAUGUCUCAUUUAACUGGAAGAAUCUCCCAAUCUUCUGACAUAAUAUUAUUUAAUAUUAAAAUGGUUGAAUAAUAAUAGAAUAUGUCAUUUUGAGUAUAAUAACUAAAGUUUUUGUGUCCCCUAACAAUUCCUCCUAUUGUAUAAACAAGCCUUUUUAACCACAUUGUAUAUGUAAUAGGCAAUAAGAAAAAUUGAAACAACAAUGUUAAGGGAAAUCGCUUUAAAAAAAUUGGACUCUUGGUGCCAUCUCCAGAAAUGUCAAAAAUUUAGAUUGAAAAUAUAUGGUAAAUUUGAUGCAGUUUAGAAUCUAUAAAGUGACCAUAAAACUUAAAGUAGAAAUAUAUUCUCAGUGGUAUUGUAGUGUAGAUUUGAGUUCUUAGACGCAAGAUUGCCAUGUCAGUUAAUAGAGAAAAAGAUGUUGAAAAAGUAGAAAAUUACCUCUGUCAGAUUUCUAUAUAUUUUCACCAUCAACUUAUUAUGAGAUUAUGUGACAGAUUUGUCAUUUAACUAUAUAUGUUGGUCUGGAUGAGUUCUAAAGAUUAUUUAAACGAUAAAGCAGUUGUUACAAUUGCUGUGAUACAAUUUUUUUUAUUUGAUGUCAUUACCAGUGUUUUCCAUCCCUUCCCCUUAAUUAUGAUAUUACCGGUAAUCUUUUUUAAAUAAUAAACAGUAGCUUCAUAAUGAUGUUGCUUAAAAAUGCAUAUAAUAUUGUGCAUUGAUUAAAAGUGCAUAGCAAGAAUUCUUGUAUCAGUGAAACUUACAAUGAAAUAAAAUAAUACUGAUAUAAACACUUAUUUAACUGUCAUGAUUGAUUUAUAUGUUUUGUAAUUUUUCAUUUUGCCCUAUUUUGCUUUUCUUGCAUUUUUCGCCAUCAAGAUUUGCUUAUUUUGAUUUGGGGCGUCAGUGGUAGCAUAAAUUUUGUAUUUCUACAUGUAUAGAUUGUAAUUGUACAGUGGUAAAUAGUACAAAAUGUAUGUAAAUAUACUAACAUCUAGUCCUGCA